AUGUCCAUGGCCCUGAAGCAAGUCUUCAACAAGGACAGGACAUUCCGGCCGAAACGUAAGUUUGAGCCUGGGACACAGCGCUUUGAGCUGCACAAGAAGGCUCAGGCAUCUCUGAAUGCAGGCCUGGACCUGAAGCAGGCGGUGGCGCUGCCCCAUGGAGAGGACCUUAAUGACUGGGUGGCUGUGCACGUGGUGGACUUCUUCAACCGCAUCAACCUCAUCUACGGCACCAUCAGUGACUCCUGCACAGACCAGACCUGCCCUGUCAUGUCGGGGGGGCCCAAGUACGAGUACCGCUGGCAGGACGAGCACAAGUACAAGAAGCCCACAGCCGUGCCGGCCCCAAAAUACAUGAGCCUGCUGAUGGACUGGAUCGAGGUACAGAUCAACAACGAGCACAUCUUCCCCACCAACGUCGGUAUGUACAAAGAAUGAUAACUAGGUACAUGGGAUGGGAUCUGUUAUUUGGCUAUGCAUGAUGAUGAUGAUAAAUAAGUCUAAAGCAUGUUGAUGGGCUGAAUUCCUUGAGAUCUCUAUGUCAUUAUCAAGUGCAACAGUUGUAUCAGUUCAUCUACUAUAAUCCAGAAAUUCUUAACCUUCCAUUCUUCACGUCCUCCCACCACGCAUAACUUGGUGACUGACUAGCUGUAGAAACAGCCAAGCAAUGGCUUUAGAAAUGGUCACACAAUCUACAGUAGGGUAUAAAUAGGCAUGUGCACAUGUCCCCGGGAAUGCAUUGUUAAAAUGCUGUUAGAUUAGUGUAAGCGGGUAGACCGAUAACUUAAUCUAUUCUUGAUGGAUGAAGGGAAAUAUGAAUCCUCUGCCCUAUGGGUGGUAAUUUCCAAGGCUCACAUAUCUCCUUCAGGUGAUACAAGCAUGAUCCUCCAGUACACAAGAAGAUAACAUCCCUCACUUUAUUUACAAAUACAUAUAAUAUUUUUAUAUUUAUAUCAAUGGUAUUUGCACCCAAUGUAAUAUUUAAAGUUGAGAAUUAAUCUGAAAAUUAGACUGAACCAACCACAGAGAUGAGGUUGAGAGCAAGACUACAUUUGUGUUUACUUUACAUGUCCCAGGAGGACACGUCUUAAUGUUUUUUGUCAUCUUAUGUUUGGUUUUUGCAGGUACUCCCUUCCCAAAGACCUUCAUGCAGGUAGCUAAGAAGAUUUUGUCUCGCCUGUUCCGUGUGUUCGUCCACGUCUACAUCCACCACUUUGAUCGUGUGAACCAGAUGGGUGCAGAGGCCCAUGUCAACACCUGUUACAAGCACUUCUAUUACUUUGUAACUGAGUUUAACCUUACAGACUACAAGGAGCUCGAGCCACUGGUGAGUGAGAAAAAAUAUAUAAAUUGUCUAUCUUGUUGGUAGGUGAGCUGAAAUUGUAGUUUUCAUUUAUUUUUCUUACAUAUUACAUGUUUUUUUGGAAAGGAAGCUGCCUUAAGUUAUGAUGCCUGUAUUGCACCCUAGAAUUGUGACGUUUACAAGCACAUUUGUGUGCUUUUGCUAUCAUAAUGUUGCUAUCACUCCUGCCCCCUACAGAAAGAGAUGACAUCACGGAUGUGCCACUAA